UAUUCUUCUUCAGUCCCUAUUAUCUACUCUCUUCUACUUAGCAAAGUUGGAAUCUUUAAUCAAGAACCCACCCACAAAAUAAUACUAGUAACUCAAAUUCAUCAACCCCACUUGACAAUUUUACUCCUUAAAUCAAUUCAUUGUUGACUCAGAAAUAUACAACAAUGUCGGCUCUUUCAAUUUCCCCCUCAACUUUUCACUGUUUCCAUGGUUACCCACCUGGUUCCUCAUCCUACUCUUCUUCUUCUUCAACUACUACUCCAAAUUUGUCGCUGAUAUUGUCAGCAGGCAGUUCAGGAUUUUUAAAUUCAGGUUUCAAGAAGAAUGAGAUUAAUGUUGCUGUGAAGGUGACAAAAUCCAUGGGGAUUCGAAUGUCUUGGGAUGGUCCUCUCUCUUCCGUUAAACUCAUUCUUCAAGGCAAAAACCUUGAUUUAACACCUGGUGUGAAGAGUUAUGUGGAAGAGAAGUUGGGUAAGGCAGUUCAAAAGCACAGCCAUCUCGUCAGGGAAGUGGAUGUUAGGCUGUCUGUUCGAGGUGGAGAGCUUGGAAAAGGCCCAAAAAUUCGAAGAUGUGAAGUAACUUUAUUUACGAAAAGGCAUGGAGUGAUUCGUGCAGAGGAAGAUGGGGAGUCAGUCUAUGGAAGUAUAGAUAUGGUAUCAUCAAUUAUACAGAGAAAAUUGCGGAAAAUUAAGGAGAAGGAUUCAGACCAUGGUCGGCACAUGAAGGGCUUCGAUAGGCUGAAAGUCAGGGACCCUGAGAUGAUGGUAGUUCCAGAGGAUCUGGAAACACUUCCCCAAGAGGAAGAAGUUGAAGAUGACAAAAGCGAGGGCCUUAUUAAUGAGAUUGUUCGCAAGAAGUUCUUUGACAUGCCACCUUUAAGUGUCACUGAAGCAAUUGAACAGCUGGAAAACGUUGACCAUGACUUCUAUGGUUUCCGGAAUGAGGAAACUGGUGAGAUUAACAUUCUUUACAGACGAAAAGAAGGGGGUUAUGGUGUUAUUAUUCCAAAGGAAGAUGGAAAAACAGAGAAGUUAGAGCCCGUGGAGGUUGAACAAGAGAAAGAACCGUCGCUGGCAGAAUAGAUGGACUCGGUAAAAAGUGAUAAAGUUAGUCACUGAGUACAUUUACUUAACAUUAUGUUCACUUGUUGAGAGUCAAAAGAGAAACAGUUGUGCUGAGGAUGUUUUGCAGCUAUCGUCUGCAACUUACUACUAUCAUUCAGAAACUGUAAAGGUGAAUUGAGAACAUAUCGCGAAAAGAGCUUCUUCUAUAUAUGGAAUGUAGAUGUUUCUACCUUUAUGAUUUCGGUAACUUUGUAAUUAUAACUUGAGAAAGAAAAAGGGGAAAAUGCAUGUUCGCGCACUGAAUUUUACGUUCUAGUAUGUGUGCUUUCUUGGA